UUUAUAAAUUGAAUGUUUUCAACGAAUAAAGGUCUGGUAAAACAGGAUUCGUAUAAACUGUUAAUUUAUUCGAAAAUCCACUUUUUAUGCGAACUAUCUGGACGUUUAGUUGAAGCAGUAACCGACAGUUUUGUUUAAAUGCUCUGUGCAAUCAGAUCGACUAGUGUGUAUGUCGAAAAUGAAGAAUAUUUUUCCAAUUUUUUGGGCAUUUGUGGCUCUUUUCGACAAUUUAGCAACCGCACAAAACAAAUGCCUAACACCCAAUAAUGAGAAUGGUAUUUGUGUCGCAUUGCAACAAUGUCCAUCAUUUUAUAAUUAUGUAUCGUCAAACCCGCUAUCGCAAAGUGAUCAAGCGUUUUUGAAAAAAAGCCAAUGCGGAUAUUUCCUACUCACCACAUACGUAUGCUGUCCGCAGUCAAACAGUGGGUCUCAAACCGCAUCGCAGUUUAAUCAGUCACAGUUUGGACAGCCGCCUUCGUUUAAUCAACCUUCAUCUCAGUUCAAUCAGCCAUCGAACCAAUUCAAUCAAUUUAAUCAGCCUUUGUUCAAUCAACCAUCUUCCCAAUUCAACCAGCCAUUGUCUCAGUUCAAUCAGCCUUCAUCUGCUUUCAAUCAACAGCCAUCACUGUUCAAUCCGUCAAUAAAUCAGUUUGGUCAAUUUCCAUCUCUGUUUCCGUCCGCAUUUAAUCAACCUUCAUUUCCUUUCAGUCAGCCAUCAACUUCUUUUAAUCGUCCAACAUCAGAUUUGAAUCAAUUGUCAUCGUUGCUCAAUCCAUCAUCAUCCUCAUCCAACAGGCCGUCACAGUUUGGCCAGCCGUCUUCCACAUUCAAUCAACCAUCAGCACCGUCUAAUCAACCGACAUUUCAUUCAAAUCAAUCACCUCAAAUCACAUCAUCGUCUCGAUUUACCGAAUCCAAUUUGCCAGCACCGGGAGUUUGUGGAUCUCAAAUAACUGGCGAUCGAAUUGUUGGCGGCAUGGAGACGGCACUCGGAGAAUACCCUUGGUUGGCGCUGAUCGAAUACACUAAACGUGGAUAUCAAGGUCAAUUCUUCUGCGGGGGAUCGCUUAUCAAUGAAAAAUACGUGAUAACCGCAGCGCAUUGUAUCAAAAGUAAAAGUGUGAUCGAAAGUGGUUUCAAGCCAACGUCCGUUCGAUUGGGCGAGCAUGACGUCCGCACUGACAUCGACUGUGUUGACGACGAAUGUGCUGAUCCAGUGAUAGAUUUGCCGAUUGCUGAUAUCAUCGUGCAUGAAAAUUAUGAACCUACAUCGAAUUUACAAAAUGAUGAUAUAACGUUAAUACGUCUCCGACGACGAGUUGAGUUUACAGACUAUAUUCGACCGAUUUGUUUACCUUUUGGACGACAUUUGAAGAACCAGAAUCUAGAUCGAUUCCCACUGUUUGUUAGUGGUUUUGGCAAAACCGAAAAGGGAUCCAAAAGCGAUGUAAAAUUGAAGGUAGAAGUUGACGGUUUUAAUUGGAAUCGGUGUAAUAAAUUGUACAGAAUAACGGGCAUUAGUUUGAUUCAAUCACAGUUGUGUGCGGGAGGCAAAGCCGGAGAAGACAGUUGUCAAGGCGACAGCGGCGGGCCACUGAUGGGACAAGAUAAAUUAGGUAGUGGUCAACCUUACACUUAUUUGGCAGGAGUUGUGUCAUUUGGCUUAUCAAAAUGUGGAACACCAGAUUAUCCGGGAGUUUAUACACGGGUUGAUCAGUACUUGGACUGGAUUGUAAACCAUAUGAGCCCAUAAGCAACGACAAUUAGGAUUUACUUUUUUUUAUUUUAAAGAAUUCAUUUUAAAAAUUGGUACGAAAUUAAUUGUAUUAAAUGACCUGUACCAAUA